AUGGAGGCCGCAAUCGGCGAGCCACUGGGCAAGCGUGCUGGAACGCUGGGUACUCUACCUAAGGAGACUAAAGCAUUGAAAGAUGUCUGGCAGAAAGAGAACCAGGAAUUGCAACAGGGAAAAAAGAGUGCAGAAGAAGGGCGCAACGGAUUGCGUGCCAAGGCAGACAGCAUGGAGCAGGCAAAGGAGCUUUACGUAGAGCAGAUCAAGACUCUCCAGGGUGAGAAAAGCAGGGCAGAGCAAAAGCACGACGAAAUCAGGAACGAGGUGAUGACAUUAAGGCUGGCCCAAGAACAACAGACAAAAGAGCUUAAGGAUCUUCGAAAGCAGGAACAGGAGGCAUGA